CCCAGAGCUGAAGGAGCGCAAGGAGGAUGCGAAAGCGAUGGAAGACGAAGGGCAGACGAAAAUCAAGCAGAGGAGGAGCCGGACGAAUUUCACCCUGGAGCAGCUGAACGAGCUGGAAAGGCUUUUCGACGAGACGCACUACCCGGACGCGUUCAUGCGGGAGGAGCUGAGCCAGCGGCUGGGGCUCUCCGAGGCCAGGGUGCAGGUAGCCGGGGCUGCGCGGGUCCCCGCCCGCCCGGGUGCUCGGGGGAAGGGGCAGCUCGGGGAGAACCGGCCACACCACGGGGACCAGCCCCAUCCUUCUGGCAGGGACAGGAGGCGGCUCCCCGGCUCCCAACUUCAUCCGGCAAAUCCGCCAGCGGCCUCGCAGGGUUUUGCCUGCCCGGGAUUUGUCUCCCCGCGUGUCCCCGUCCCUCCGUUCUGCCGUGUUUUAUCCCGGCUCCGCCGCUCAUCCAUCCCUGCCUCGGCAGCCGCUCCCGGGGCUGCCGCUCCCGGUCCCCUCUGCCCGGCUCAUCCAUGGACGCUCCGAUUCUCGUCAUGGAUGUCGCGACCAUAAACUGAAUUAGAAACCUCCGGGCGAAAUAAUGAUAAAUACAAUUUCAGUCCGUUUCGCCUCGUAGCUCUCAAAUGCUGAAACGGCACCAAAAUUGAGCGAGGUGCUUUGUUCGGGUUUAUGAAAUACAGAAAGUCUGGGCUAAACCCGAGAUCAUUUGGAGAUUUCUGCCCUCCCGGGGGUUUCCCUGGGUUUAACCUGCGCUUUGCACCCUCCCAAAGUUUUUUUU